UCUUAACCGCGACUCUGUCACCAAUUUGGGAAUCAGUCAUCCGAGACAGUGUUUAUGGCCCUCUAUUAGCACCGCCCCUUUCAAACAAAAUAUAAGCAGGUACAGAGUAAAAUGCGAGCCAGUUUCAGUCAAACUCUGAAGAAGCCAACAGGAUGAUUGGCGAAACGUGAGCAAGUUUGACUCACCGAAAACCGACGCAUUACGAAUCCAGAAGUAGUGUGGAAAUUUCUUCUAAAAAUUAAGUCUAGUGGUAUUUCAAAUGUUGCCCCGUUUCUUCUUUUAAUUUCAAUUUAAUUGAGGAUACGGAUGAUACUCUGAAAUCAACAAAAAAUAUUUUUUUUAAUUUUACAUUUUAAAGUAAAACAUCCCGAAUUUCCUAAAUAUAUUAGAGACUUGUGUACGUUGAGCUGGGGAAUAUUCAAAAUUCCGACAGUACUGCAAUCCGAACACAUAUUUCACGGCAAAUGGCUUUUCGCAGGACAUUUUGAUGGGCCAAUAAAAUGCGCGGCAUUUACAUUAAAUGCACAUAUGGCCGCAAGUGGCGUCCAUUGCCGAGUAAUUAAGGGGGGGAGGCGAUGUUUUCUCCCGCCACCCGUCCGCCUCCUGCGGUGAAGGAAAGGGUUGUGUUUGCGAACGGCCCAACGGACAAUUUUCCGCUUUAAACAACAACGUGCAACACUGAGCGGUCCAUGAUGAAAAUUUCAAACCAACAUUGAACAAACAAGAUUGUUCUUGCCGAUAAUGAGAAACCCAAUAUCAUCUAAUUCAAUUAGUACUUAAAUGAUUUUUAAACGGAUAUUAAAAAAGCUGUCUUGUUGAGAAAAUAAUAACAACAAACAACCAUAUAACACAAAAUCAUAUAAUUAGAGCGCAAUAAAUAAAGCUGCUUGAAAAGCGGGAUUUAUGAAGUUUUUUUUACUGUUUAAUUGUUUUGUUAAGAAUUACUGUUUAAAACUUGUUAUAACUAUUAUUUUUCCCAGUUUUUUAAUUUUAUGUUAUUUCAGCUAAUGCAUACAAAUGUACCGCGUAUCCCAUUUUGGGCACUUUUGUGGGAUAUCCCGGUUAUUUUUUGCAAUAGAACGUUGCUGUAUACGAGACACUGUGCUACUUUUUUCUGAAAUUAAAGAUGCCGUCAACAAAAUUAUUUUGAGACUAGUCUCGUAUCUCAGUUGUCUUUUAAGUUAUUGAAGAGUGGCGUGUUUUUUUUACUUGCUCUAACCGUUUGGUAGUUAUGAAGCAAAUAUAUGCAUUUUUAAAUGGAACCCUAUGUAUAUUAUUUUUUGAACUUUUUACAGAUAUAGAUCAGUAUAAAGUUGUUUUGAAAAUUAAACUCAAAAUUUAAUUUUUUCCUAUUUUAUUUUAUUUGUAAAUAAACAUAAAUAUACAAUUUUGAACAUACAAGAAACUUAGUAGUUUAAAUUUCAGUUAUUUAAAUAUGUUUUACGUUAUGAACUACUAUUUGAAAUAAUUUUCAAUUUAUUAUAGUCCAUUAUUACAUUAAUUAAUACGAAAUAACAUUAUAUCUAAAGAAUAUUAACAUAGUAUGGUGCCUAAAACUGUUGUUCAGAUUGGAGACCAUUUUCUCGAAUGCAAAACUCGCACAUUUUUUUUAUUUUUUUAAUGGCAUUUAAAAGAAUUAUUACUCUCCUUCGUAGAGUUUCGAAAGUUAAAUCAAUUGCCCCUCGAAGUUCUGCUACAGACGCGUAUCGCGUUUUAUACACUUCAUUUUACAUAUAUCCCCGUAAAAAGAAAUCUAAAGCUGAAAGAUAGGAGAUCGUGAAUGCAACUUUGUGUAUGCGUAACCUGUUAUAUACAUUGUAUGUUUACUUCGAAAACUCAUGUUGACAACUUUAAAUGUAUUGUUUAUACUAGUUGAAAAGUUGUCAUAUGGAUUAUUAAUGACAAAAAAAGUUUCUCAAUAAACGUUUGCCAAGCAUGAUGCAAUAUUUAUAAGCUAAAACAUGAACAUAAAUGUAAUCCCUGUAUAACACGUGUGGUUUUAAAACCCCAAUAAUCCCGCUUCCGCUUCUGUUGCAUGGGGAUGCAAUCGAUUCAUAACAUUAAUAUUUUAUAUCCGUACUCAAACCACGACGCUUUGGUUUACCCUAUUAAAUGGCAAUAAUGCAGAAAGCAAUAUGUAUUUGGGAAUACAAAGGAUUGUGCUUCUUCGUCAUCAAAUUUGAGGCAAGAUGUUGCGGAUGAUGGAUGAUAUUAAAUUACUUGGGUUCUGUACAGAAUCUAUUUCAUAAUUUGUUAGAUUUGAGUUUAAUUUCAAACGUCUCGACGCAAGGAGAUAUUUGUCAGCUACUGAAACGGCACAAUGGCAAUAUAAUAACAAUUCGCGGCCGACUCUCGUAGAUAUCUGUUCCGUAAAAUUUAUGGCCGCAAUACAAUAAUAAAGGAAUGCCGUUAGAGCAAGAUCGAAUGGCAAGAAUGUGCGCUUGGGGAACUACUGUAAAUCUAUUUGUAAGUUAUGUCAGAAAGCACGAAAUGGCCUCCACAAGAUCCUGGUUUGCCACUUCCAGAUGUGACAAUUUUAAAGAUUUACGUGCUUGACACAAAUUUAAAAUUUGGGAAGCAAACUGUAUAAAAUUUUUAACAUUAAUGUGUGUAAGUGCGUGUAUAUGCGCAACAUUUACAAGGUUGUGGUUUUCUCAAUCCUGUUCUACCUUUUCGCGAAGAUUAUUUAGAAUUUACUACACAAGGUAAAUUUAAGAAUUAGUUAUAUCGUAACGGAAAAACGCUUUAUGCAAUAUUUUUUUGACAUAGAACUUAAUAAUAAACCCUCUAACAUUUACUUUUACAAUAAACAUAUGGUUUUUCAUUUAGAUUAAUUUCAGUCUAUGUGGGAAAAUAGUUCAGUGGGUGAGAUCACCUUUUUUAAUUUUAUUAUAUUAGAAAUUUUAAACCCAGGUCACUGUUACUUUAAUUUUUGCUAGAUUUUUGUGCGAUUCCUGAAUAAGUUACGUUAAAAACAUUAUUUCAGACCCUUUACAAAUGUUUAAGACGUAUUGCACAAGAAAGAAGAAAUAAAACAGACAAUGACUGAAUCAAUGAUGAAACGAAGGAUUAUUAAGAAACGAAAAAUCUAUUGGAUUGGAUAUAUCUUCAACUCAUAACCUUAAGCUUAAUGCGAAUAAGACGGUGACAUGUUAUUUGGACCCCGAAAACAAGUAGAUAAUAUAAAAAAUCAUCAAAAGUUGAUGCGAUGACAUAGAGUUUAAAACAAGCAAAAGAUCUGGGGCUUGGAUGGAUACUAACCUAGGAUUCACAAAACAUGUCAAUUAGCUCUGUCGAUGCUUAUAUGGAUUGCUUAAGAAACAGAGUCGAAAGCAUAAAUUUUUGAAAAACCUUUAACUUCUCAACUUUACUUACAAAACGUUAAAAAAGAAUUAUCAGUCUUAUUUGUCUAAAAAGCUUGUAUCUUUUAGGAAACUAAAUAGUAUUAAUAUAAGAAAAAAGUUUAUAAGGACUGCGAAUGUUUAGAUAGAUUGUAUAAAAAAUGUUCAGCUUAAAAGCACGCUUUGGGUGAGACGGUCAAUUUUGCAGUUUUUUUUCCUGAUUAAAUUGUAACAUUUAUUGCUUUUUAAUAAAAUAAAGAUACAGUAAUAAUAAUAAUAAUAAUAAUAAUAAUAAUGUGGGAUCGUCACAUCAAAAGCGCAAAAAGCUCCUGCUGGCACCUCUGUGUCUUAAUAAUGAUGAUGUUAAAUGAUUUUCCCUUUAGGUUUUUAUUUUAUACUAUUUAAAAAAACAUGGGCCGAUUCUCCCAGACUUACUCUAUAUUCAUCGGUAGGUUGAAAUAAACUAAAUUUACGCUGCUGAUAAGUAUAUGAUACCUCUUUAAUGUAGUCCAUAAAUGGCAUCAAAAUGCUCUUGUCAGCAAGCAAUUUUUUCAAGAAAAGUGGGAAUACUGGGAAUAUUUUUUACGAAAAUUGAUUACUAAAAUAAACAAUGAAAAUACAGAGAAAAUAAAUUUAACAAAAUUAACUUUUUUUUGUUAAAUGCGUUCUUUAAAAACUUCCUAGACUUUUAACAUAAUUACAUUUUCAUUUCGAAAUUCUGUGCUAAUUAACCCCUUUCAUUUCAAGAACGAUAUUCAGGAGCACAUUUAGUGUUCGUCAUUCUCCCUUGCUGGUAAGGGCAAAUAUAAAUUCCGAGAAAUUGUAAUCAUUCUUUAAGAAAAAAUACCGAAAUCACUCCAAAAUCUUAAGUUCUGCCCAUCUGGUACAGAGGCAUCAUUAUAAUUUAAGUUAUCCACUAAUCAAUCAAAUUCACUUCAUUUCCCAUGACGGAAGCAAGAACAAUAUUACCAAGAUAUUCUUAAUCGUUUAACUCUGGCAACAUAAUAAACAACAAAUAAUUGUUUAAACAUUUGCCCGCCCUCCAAAUUUUUUCAACAUUUCAAAAUGCCAAAUCGUUCUAGGUUUUAAGGAUCGCAUGAUUUUUCGCAUAUUUUUUCAAACUUUGACUUAUAAAAUGUAUACAGGAUGCCGCCCAUUUUUAUUACUGAUUCUUUUCCUAUAUAUGGCAAUGAGAGAAGUGGAGGCUCAUGCUCGAAUAUUUGAAUAUUUAUAUUUUAAUCUCUUCUGAACUGUUUAAUCGUUUUGGUUAGUUAGUUAAAAUUUUAUAAAGUCGUUUUUUUUAAAUAGCCUGCUUAAAAUAACUUUAUAAAUAAAUAAAUAAAUAAAUUUAUAUUUGCAAAAAUGACUUACCUGGAUGUAAAGGCUGGAUGUCGAAGAGCGCCGGGAUCUUCUAAAAUGUAUGACAUUAUUCAUAUUCUGAAACAAUUAAAAAAAAAGGCAAAUCAGACCUUUAAAAUUUAAAAUAACACAAAAAAGUCACUUAUUAUUUGUAUAAAAACAGAAUUUCGAGAAUACAUUUAAUUGUAGGAUUCCCUGUACAUAUCAAGGAAUGGAAACAGAAAAAUUCAACGAAGUAUGAAGUUUGCGGAACACGGUCGGAUGACAACGCACAAUGGAGAGAAAAUGUAUCGUCGCCAAGGUGGCUGACAAAUUCCAAAUACAAUAAAAUAUAUUUCAUAAAUAGAGUUUACUUACAAACGAAGAAAGGCGGGGUGUUGAUCUAGAAAACGAGAUAAUAACAAAACAAAGAGACCAGAUGGCUUCGGAGGCCAAACAAAAAAGAGGCCUUUGCUGUAAUGGACCAAACAGAUACCCCGAACGCUACCCAGAAAACUCUCACGGAGGUGGUAUCGACUAUCCACCAACGGGAAUUGAUGGUGGUAGAUACUCUCAUUCCAGACCAGAAGCAAGCGGGCCAGGUUUAGGCGCGUAUGGCCCUGCAGGUCCCUCGGGACACUCUCCCGCAUAUAACGGUGUGAGGCCACAUUAUCCAGCCAGCGCACAUGGCUACUAUGACGGCCCCAGCGGAUAUGGUUCUUCUUAUGAGCAUCCGCCACCCUACGCACCUCCUUACGAGGAGGAAUAUCAUGUACAGCACAAUGAAGGACACGGCGGAGGUGGUGCAAUGGGCAAUUAUAAGAGUCUCGCAUUGAAAAAACUGCUGCUGCCAUUGGCAGGAUUGGCUAUCAUAGGAGUCGCAGCGUCGAUCUCACACAAUCCCGUUCUUCUUCAAUUGGGGACAUUGAAAGGCCGGAAAAGGAGGUCCGCAGUCUUUGAGAAAGUUUAUCCGAUGAAUCCUAAAGUCCGACGUGUCCAAACAAAUCGUUAGGAUUAUUGAUUCACUUAAACUUUAAAUUAUUUUGUGACGCCUUAGCUUUAGAGUCAAGUUUAAAUAUUUACAGAAUUUAAGUUUUGGUGAAAUUUUUAUUAUUCCUUCUUUGUUAUGGACUGUAUAUUGAAAAUUCGUGAAAAUCUGAACUUUUAGUUCUUAUUUAUUUUGAUAAAUGGAUUUUCCUUAAGUAAAAGCCACCUCAGUUCAAUUGAUAGAAACGGUGUCAGGACAUGCAAACUGUGAAUAGUUUCCCGAAAGACGGCAACAUUCUAAUAAAUGUUUUUAGAGUUCGUUUCCCACAAAAGGUUGAAAUUCAAGUUUUUACGUAACCAAGUUCUUUGCUAGGGCAUCCAGUAUUUUAUUCAUGGGAAAUUGAUACAAUGCUAGUUUACGCAUCCUCAGCAGUUGAGAUCAACGCAUUUUAUUAUCAUCUGCUGAUCACUUUAACUUGGUUAGUUGUUAGUCGUCGAAUUUAUAUGUGUACUUGCUGCUGUAAAAUAGUAUUGUAUCAAACAGUUUUUUCUAAAUGGAAUAUUUCUUAUAUGGUAUUUGUAGUAAAAAAUAGGAGUAUCUAAAAACUAUUAUUGGGACAUUUUUGUAAGAAACAUUUUUUUAAUUAAAUUACUGCAACUUUGACAAUACCUGAUGACACACGAAAUUCAAUGAAUUCUGUUCAGUUUAUUUCGGACAAUGAUUUGUGAAUUUUGCCAAUGGUUUCUUCGUAGAAUGCCAAUCCAUAAAGGAAAUGAGAUGAUCAUUAUGGGUGAAAUAUAUUUCAAUUAUUUUUCAGAUGGUAUGCUGAGAUAAUAUAGUGGCUCUACUACGGUAAAAAGUGAUGGGCCGCAGGUGGCUAUGAUAUUUUCGUAGAGAAUGUACGGAUCUUUUGGGCAUGCGUCACCCCCCAUAUGUCUGUGUAUCUACAUUGCCGUAAUUUUUCUGGAAAAUUGAUUAAUUUUUAUAAGAACAUCGAUCUCUGAAAUCCGAAUAUAAACAGUCUGUGCCCUGUGUUAAUAUCUCCGUACCGUACUCACAAACUUGUAUAAUUUCUGUUUUCAAUACUUUGUUCUUUUACAAGCCUAAGAAAUACGCAACUCCUGUCUAUAGGAGGUGGUUCUUGAACAUUUUUUCAAUUUAAAUGCUUCUUGUGCGAUUCUACCAUCUCAAAGUUAUUUCAAUGGAGGAUAGACCUACGAAUUUAUGAAAGCUAACACUUAGCGCUGAUUUAAAAGCAAAAAAAAUCGUAAGAAAUAGCUUACAUGAACGAAUACGUGUAGAAAUUGCAUCGUAUCUACAGGGCUUAAAGAACAAAAACGCCAA